AUGCACAUAGGAAACAUGAUCUCUGUUACAUUAUUGAUGUCGCCAGCUUAAGAUCAGUAUUCUUUCUCUCGUUCACAUGAUUCUUGAAGGUAGCAGCUUAUCGAAUAUACAUAUUUUUAAAAAACUUAUCCUAUAUGACACAAAAAAAGUCACAAUACAUUAAAUUGCUCUUCCAGGCAUUGGCUACUCAAUGACCCUGAUGACUAUGAUAUGUACGUGGUACUACGGGCUGAUCGUCGUCUGGGUGCUAAUGUAUCUGGGUUACUCCUUCUACCCGACCCAGCCCUGGGCUACUUGUGACAAUGACUAGAACACGAACGAGUGUGUUGUACUUCGGUUGGGGCUCCAGGCAGCAAAUAACACACCUAGGAACAACGCCUCUUACCUUCUCAAUAUAUCCUCAGCUGAGGAAAGCCUCGACUUCUACCCAACGGCGGCCACCGAGUUUUGGAGAUACAAGUUACUGAACGCGUCUACUGGAAUAGACGAUUGGGGGAUUCCCCAGUGGCACAUCAUACUGGCCUUGUUCUUCUCUUAUGCGUCCAUGUUCCUUUGCAUCGUAAAAGGAGUUAAUUCCGUCGGAAAGGUUGUAUAUGUUACUGCGAUCGUCCCGUUCGUUCUACUACUUGUGAUCCUAGUGCAGAGUCUGUGUCUAGAGGGAUCCUUAGACGGGGUGCUGCUCUACCUCAAACCUGACUUCUCUAGGCUGCUGCACUUCCAGGUAUGGCUAGAAGCGGCCCUACAAGUUUUCUACUCUCUAGGACCGGCUUGGGGUGGAAUAAUAACUAUGGCCAGUUUCCACAAGUUCCAUGGCAACUGUCUCAGGGAUGCCAUUCUCUUUGUAAGUGUGGAUGCCGUCGCCAACUUCCUAUGUGGUCUGGUCGUGUUCUCAAUCCUUGGAUUUCUGGCUCGGGAAGCUAACGUAACCAUCAUGGAGCUAGCAGAAUCAGGUCCCGGCCUGGUGUUCUUGGUAUAUCCCGAGGCUCUAACCCGCCUGCCUAUUCCACAACUGUGGGCCGUCAUGUUCUUCUUCAUGCUGUUUACUGUAGGACUCGACAGUCAGUUUGGUAUGCUGGAGGCAGUAAUAAGUGGACUCACGGACAGAUUUCCGAAAACCUUGCGUAAGAGGAAAACUCGCGUCUUACUGGCAGUGUUUGUGCUCUUCUUCCUGACCAGUAUCAUAUUUUCAACACAGUCAGGGGUAUACAUUUUCCAGCUUGUUGACUGGUACGAGUCCACGUUCUGUAUCUUCAUGACGUCAUGUCUAGAGUGUGUUGUGAUUGGCUGGUUGUACGGAGCUGAACGCUUCAGCAGAGAUAUACAGAUAAUGACUGGGUCCCCAAUACCGGUAUUUAUACGGAUAUCCUGGUGUAUUGUCACCCCUCUAGUUAUGAUGCUUGCGUUCAUUGCUGUGCUAGUGAACUUUGACCGUCCUGUGUACAAGGGUUACGAAUACCCAGAAUACAUAGAUAUCGUCGGAAUCCUAAUCGGCCUUGUCUCCGUCCUACCGACUCCGGUCAUCGUCCUGAAGCGACUGGUCAAACAGCGCGGCUCCCUUACACAGAGGCUGAUGAACUCGAUAGUGCCACCAGGAGACUGGGGUCCCAAUGACGACCGUGUGCAUCAUACCUAUACAAUGUACAAGUACAACAUGUCAUUCUGGCAAAUGGCAAAGGUCAACAUAACAGGGAGACCUACAAAACCAGAGACUUGAUUCGACAUUUUAAGUAUAAAGUUAACUAUGUAGAAUAGAACAAUACCGCCUGUAUAAUGACUUCUUGAGAAUGUUAUC